AUGUCGGCUCAGGAUUCCUCUCUGCGUGAGACGAAUUGGCCCACUCUGGCCAACUACGUAUCUACGCAUAACGACACUUAUCCGUUCAUUGAUCCAUCUAAAGCCGACCUGUCAGGAAAGUCAGUCUUGAUCACGGGCGCCUCCAAAGGGAUCGGCAAGGCGACCGCAAUUCGUUUCGCCAUGGCGGGCUGUUCGAAGAUCAUCCUCGCCGCCCGCUCUGACAUGGCCGAGGUUGAAGCUUCGGUCAUAGAUGCUGCCAAGAAGGCAAAUCGGCCACAACCUCUCGUUUGUUCCGUCAAGCUGGAUAUCACGUCAGAAGAGUCGGUGAAGGUGGCCGCUGAGACCGCUAAGGAUAUACUCGGCGGCGACCUGGAUAUCUUGAUCAAUAAUGCCGGCUGUCUUGAGGAAUGGAAGCCUGUCGUCGAAUCUGAUCCAUCAGAGUGGUGGUGGACUUGGGAGGUCACCAUGAAAGGGACCUAUCUGUCAGCUCAUUAUUUCAUCCCACUGCUUCUGAAGUCAGCUACCAAAACUAUCAUCAAUAUUAGCAGCGUUGGUGCUCAAAUCAUCGUCCCCGGAGCGUCAGCGUACCAGACGAGCAAGUUCGCUCUAUGCCGCUUUACCGAAUUCAUCGACAAGGAAUAUUACGAGCAAGGAUUAAUUGCCAUAUCUAUUCAUCCCGGGGGCAUCAAGACUGAGCUAGCUUUGAAUAUGCCCCCAGCAAUGCAUUCUCACUUGAAUGACACGGUGGAGUUGGCUGCUGAUACAAUGGUCUGGUUAUCUCGCCAGAGGCGAGAUUGGCUGUCAGGCCGAUUCAUUACGGUCAAUUGGGAUAUGGAGGAACUCGAGAACAAGAGGAAGGAGAUACUUGAAGCAAACUUGCUUAAGUUCCGUAUGACGAUCUGA